AUGUCCCAACAAUAUGGUAUCCAAACCACAGGCCAGGAGUUGGUCGCAAACUACAGCAAAAUCAUCAAGGGAAAGGUCAUCUUAACGACUGGCGUGUCACCAGGAGGGCUCGGCGCCCACUUCCUCCACGUCGUUUCUCAAGCUCAGCCGGCGCUGCUUAUCCUUGCUGGUCGCAAUGUUGCAACGUGCCAAGAGACAGGUGAUGCCAUCAACAAAGAUUACCCAAGCGUGAAUAUCAAAAUUCUGCAACUCGAUCUCAGCUCUUUUAGCGCUGUUCGUGCGGCGGCUGACAAAUUGCUCGGCUGGGCCGAUGUGCAUGCAAUCGACGUUGUAGUUAACAACGCUGGGAUUAUGGCCGUGCCAUAUACAUUGACUAGCGACGGCUACGAAAGCCAAUUUGCUAGCAAUCAUUUAGGGCACUUUCUUUUUACUAACCUCAUCAUGUCAAAGAUUCUUGCCGCGCCAUGCCCGCGAGUCAUCUCUAUUAGCAGUGCCGGACAUAGGUUCGGCGGUGUUCGAUUUGCAGACAUCAACUUUGAUAGUGGUGCCCUAUACGACAAAUGGGUCGCCUAUGGCCAGUCCAAAACUGCCAAUAUCCUCUUUGCUAGACGUCUGGCACAAAAGCUAGCAAAGCAUGGGCUUCUGGCAUUUAGUGUUCAUCCCGGCCGUAUUGGAACCAAUCUAAGUGUCCAUCUGGACCGCUCUCCAGGCGGUGAUGUUGAUGCCAUGAUCCAAGUAAUUCGUUCUAAAGGGCUCAUGGCGGGGUUUAGCCCCCAAAAGCCUUUCAUCUCUUUAGACCAAGGAGUAGCAACUCACAUUUUUGCUGCCUUUGACCCGAAUCUUUCAGAGCAUAAUGGAAAAUAUUUGCUAGAAUGCGGCAUAGCAGACCCUUAUCAGGAAGACAUCAUGUGUUGGGCAACCAGCAAGGUGGAGGCAGACAGACUGUGGACCAUGAGCGAGACUAUGGUCGAUCAGAAGUUUGAAUAUUGAAUUGAUAGAG